UGUGUCAUGUGACCGUCGGAAGAGCUUGGAGGUCUCAUCCCUAGAUCCGUCUUACUUUGCAUUUGGGUAGCUUCACAUCUGCGCUCUGUUCAAAGCAAGGUCAGCUCUUAAAAGAUGGAGGUGGAUAUCAGUGGAGUUUCCAGGACUUCCAUGUCCAUUCUGCCUACACCUUCCAGCGAGAUCAAUUCUCCAUCAAAGUCCGAACCUGAGAAGCCUCGUUGCUCAAGUACGCCAUGUUCUCCUAUCAAAAGGACGGUCUCGGGCUACCAGAUCCUCCACAUGGACUCCAACUAUCUUGUGGGCUUCACUACCGGGGAGGAGCUUUUAAAACUUGCUCAGAAAUGGUCAAGCACCGAGAAGACUGCAGCAGAGGCCUUACCCAGCCCACGCACAAAACCUCUGGAUUUAGGGCUGCACCGGGCUUCCCGGGUUUAUAAAACCAAGAGCCGAUACUACCAGCCUUACGACAUUCCAGCUGUCAAUGGGAGGAGACGAAGACGCAUGCCUAGUUCAGGUGAGAAUAGCCUCAAGUCUUCUGUGGAGCCUAGCAAAGUCCUUCAUGGUCCUCUACCUCUCUGUCUCCUAAAGGGCAGGAGGGCUCAUUCCAAAUCUUUGGACUACCUCAACUUGGACAAAAUGAGCAUCAGGGAGCCUGCAGAUACUGAGGUACUGCAGUACCAGCUUCAGCAUCUGACUCUAAGAGGAGAACGGAUGUUCACCAGAAACAAGACAUGAAGAAGAGAGACAAAGUUAUCAUUUAUUUUUGAGUCUCAUAGGAUUCCGUGGCUGUUUUUUGCCUGCUCAGCCGGUAAUACAAAUCAGUGAGACAAAACAGACAGCUGUUUGAACCUAAGCAGAUGACAACACAUCCUCGAUGUUGCUAUCAUUCAACUGUGUUCUUUACCAUCGGAUCAAAAUUGUGUUUUCACAAUCAAUCCACAUCUGCAGAUUCUUUUGAGAAGAGAAACUUUUGUUAGUAUGUGCUAUUGAUAGGGGGAUUUAGAUGUUUUAAAUACAGAGAUGGAAUCCUUUAAGAUUAGCAAUAAUGUACUGUAUGUGCUUGAUAAUGUAACCUCAUGUGACUUUUGAAAAUUGUAGCUUGGUAAUGGGGAAUAUUGUUAAAUGCACCUAUUGCACUUUUUCUUUUUUUCUGUGUUUGCUUCUGUGAUUGCACUCUUUAUCACAGUCCUGAGCAUAUUUUAUAUAGGUAAUGGAAUUGCACUAAGCAAUUAUGGCACUCCUCCGCUCAACUCUAGAUGUCAGUUUCUCUUAAUUAAUAUUUUAUUGUGAUGUACACCCACUUGAGUGAUGAAACAUCAAAUGCUAAUCGCAUUACGAUUACUUUUUUUACUGGAGAGUCGGUAUUUAUGCAAUAGGAAGGAAAUUGUGUACCAUUACAGAAUACCAUGGGUGUAAUUUUUUUUCACUGUUCUUUAAGAUUAAGAAAUUCAUAAUGAAAGAUAGCCUUUGUACAGAAUACAUCUUAACUACAAGAGUCUAAGCACACAGAUUCACUUUUUCUUAGUUUUGGCAGUAAAUAAAUUUGUACAAAAUGUUGACUGUUAUACAAUCAUUAAGACUACUUAAACCUCCAACUCAGCUCUCUCUUUUGUGUGGAUUUAUGGAGGAGUAGCUUAUCAGCAGUUUGAUUAAGUGAGGCAGACAUCUAAGAUAAGAUUACCUUAUCAUAUAUACUGUAUACUUGUACAGAGGCUUAAUUCCUCCAGCCAUAAACUAGAAUUAAGUGCCAUACACUUUAUUAGGUGGAGUGGGACUUUCAUAGGAUUUUUUAUACUUUAAAUACAGGUCAAUUUCUGUAUCAAAUAUGUGGAAUUUUGUUUUUGGGUUAUCUUGAAUUUUUAGAGACCAAUUUAAAUAAAAAAUAUUCAGCCCAUGUACUGUAGACAAAAUUUUCCAUUGAUGUUUAGCCUCAAAUGCAUACUUGUGAAACCAAAGGACAAAUGCAAAACAUUUGUUAUUUACAUGGGCAGUUAAAACCAAAAAUAUCAGUCCACGCGUAGAUGACAAUAGAAUUUGAUAAGUUAAGGAUGCAAAUUAUUCCCACAUUUUGAUUUAUACAACUUACAUUUUUUUAAAGCUAUUUGGUGUAAAAGACGGGUGUUGUAAUGGUUAUUUACUUGUCAUUGUAUAUUAUUUCCCCAUUUUGGUCAAAUAUUAUUAUAGUUAUUUUUAAACAGUGUCUGUUGAAGUUACCUUAUUGGUUAUGGAGGGCAUUGGUUUCCUUUAUAUUCUGGAAUAGCGUAGAUGUGAUACACAAUGUUCGGCAGGUAUAGCUUAGUAUUGCAACAUAUCAUUAUCCCACUGUAUCCUUUAUAUUGCUUAAAAGAGGUAGGUACUAUCAGAAUAAAAAUCUUUCUUGGUCAUACUGGUGCAUGUUUCUAUUAAUCCCAUUAGUAGUUGUUGGUUUGCUAAAGGGGGGUUAUUGGUGAUGGGGGGAGGGGGGCAUUCUUUGUUUCUGUAGUUUUAAGCUGACUGUUACCAUGGUUAUUUUGAUUGGUGCCAUCACGAUGAAGUAAUUUAAUUCUCAUUUUGGCAUAUGACUCUGUACAUAGUGCUAUGAAAGGCUUUUGUCUUUGACUUAUAGGACAAUGGUACAUUUUAGAGAAAUGCACUUUCUGAAAAGUUCCUAGGUCCUAUUUUUAUAAACCCUUUAUUCCACAAUGGGAGACCAUGGAAAGAUUUCACUAUACCUGAAUUAGGCAGAGCUGAAAAGACUGACAGUAAGAAAUUUUUGCCUGAGGCAGAUGGCUUAAGAAUCCAGGAAUGAAGAGUUUAUAUGUAUUUUUGCUAUUCAUUGGGAAAUACUUGAAUGGAUAAUAACAUUAAUGUUUAUGUUCUUUUUUAAAAAUAGUAUUGUGAUUUAAUUAUUAUCAUUUGAUUAUGCAGUUGGAUUUUACAGUAUUUUUUGCUAGAUGGUGAUUGAAUUUAAUUGUACUGCACAUUUUCUUUCUAAAACAGUUUUUGACUUUAUUUUAGUGUAGGUUGUUUUAGUGAUAAAAAACAACUGGAUCAUGAAAAAGAAAUGUACCCUUAGCUCCCGUUUAUCUCCCGUUUUAGAACCCUGGAAUUCAAUGGUUACAGACUUCUCGCAUUCCUUGUACCUGUCUUCUUAAAUAAAAAAGUCACUUUUGUUCAAGUAAGUCAUUUCAAGAGGGCUAAUUGGUCCCAUUUUACAUUUAACAAGAAUUGAUGAUUUCACAAGAUUUCUGAAAGUUGCAAAACUGUGAUCCUCAAAGGAAUAUAUUUCUGAAUCAACUUGUAAUAUCAAACUAACAAUAAGAAAAUGUCCAGUCUUUAAAUUGUAAGAUGAGAAAUCAAGAAUUUAAAAACUGAUCUUUUUUGCCUUUGUCUUUUUUUUAAUUUCUUUGUUAAAUUGUAUAGUGCUUUUUAUGCUUUUAUGAUUUAACAUUAUAGUAAUGAAUUCUUUUCCUCACAUUUUGAUAAUUAUAAUCAUCAAAUUUGUAUGGAACCAUUUCGGUUUUUGAAGAAAACUACAGUCAUUUUUUUUUCUAGAAUGGGAAUGUGAACUGUUCUGUAUGGAUGGCCGUAUCAUUUUGUGUUCUUAAAAGACAUAACUAUUAAAACACUAAGCUGUGGAA